GCAUCAUCGCAGGGGCUCGGUGUAGCUGGGAAGGCGACUUCUCUUCUGGUGGACAGCCUAGACUCCUACAUGUAGACAGAGAGGUCGCAGAGAAGAAACCCACCGCUUCACGUUGCUCUCAGACUCGAUGUAGCUUCACUCGACAAUGUCAAAGCUUCAUCAUUAAAAGAAAAGGAAAUUAUGACUGCAAACAUCUGGGUGCGGCAUACUCUAGGUGAAAAGGUUUCGCGCUGCCGGAGGUCGUACGCAUUUUUGCCUUUUGUAUUUCCUUGCUGAAUGUCGUGGACAUUUUGGAUUUUUUAAUGCUCUGUGUCAUUAAGUCUUACCAAUUAAGGGGACAUUUUUCUCCCGUCUUGACGUUUCGGUUAGUUAGUUUGAGUAAGGUAAAUACUUUGUGAGUGUGAAAACAACUGGAGACGACAUCGUUAAACAACUUGAGGACUGCUUGCAGAGGAGAAUGUGCGUACUGGGCCAGCUUCGAGUUGCUCUUUAAGGGGGCAACAUUAGCUAGCUGCUAACACUAGCACACCCCUAUUAAACUACAGUCAAGCAAAGCUGUGAGACUAGUGCCCACGUCUCGACACUUUUUUUGGAUAGUAGCAUCCUGCCCAUAACCUGGACAUCAUUAAAUGAGACGCUGACUCGACAGCAAUCCGGAUACUGUAAACAAACUGUUGCUGUUGGUGAUAUCCACUGGGAUCCAGGUGCUUGAGUCCUAAAUGACAAGUGCCUGAGGAUGUCCAAGCGGAGCUUGUUUGUUCGCCUGGUGCCGUGCCGCUGCUUGCGGGGUGAGGAGGAGGCGGUAACAUCGCUGGACUACUCCCACUGCAGCCUGGAGACUGUUCCUAAGGAGAUCUUUAGCUUUGAGAAGACCCUGCAGGAACUCUACCUCGAUGCCAACCAGAUCGAGGAACUGCCUAAACAACUGUUUAAUUGCCAGUUACUCCACCGACUGAGCAUGCCAGAUAAUGACCUAACAGUGUUGCCAACAGCGAUCGCAAACCUCAUCAAUCUUAGGGAGCUUGAUGUCAGCAAAAACAGUAUCCAGGAGUUUCCGGAAAACAUCAAGAAUUGCAAAGUCCUAGCUAUUGUAGAAGCCAGUGUGAAUCCCAUAUCCAAGCUCCCAGAUGGUUUCACCCAGCUCCUGAGUCUGACGCAGCUCUACCUGAAUGAUGCCUUCCUGGAGUUCUUACCAGCCAGCUUCGGCAGGUUAACUAAACUACAGAUCUUGGAGCUGAGAGAAAACCAGUUAAAGAUGUUGCCAAAAAGCAUGCAGAAGCUCACACAGUUGGAGAGGCUGGACCUGGGGAGUAAUGAGUUCACUGAAGUGCCUGAGGUGUUGGAGCAGCUGACUGGAAUCAAGGAGCUGUGGAUAGAUGGGAACAGACUGACGUUUUUACCUGGGAUGCUUGGGAUGCUAAAACAGCUGGUAUACCUGGAUGUGUCCAAGAACAAUCUGGAGAUGGUAGAUGAGCAAAUCUGUGGCUGUGAGAGUCUGCAGGACCUUCUGCUCUCCAACAAUGCCCUCACACAGCUGCCAGGCUCCAUCGGCUCACUAAAGAAACUUACUGCACUGAAAGUGGAUGAGAACCAGCUGAUAUACUUGCCAGACUCAGUUGGAGGACUGACAUCGCUGGAUGAGCUGGACUGUAGUUUUAAUGAGAUCGAAGCCUUGCCCUCGUCCAUCGGUCAGUGUGUCAACAUCCGCACCUUUGCUGCAGAUCACAACUUCCUUACCGUGCUUCCCCCCGAGAUGGGCAAAUGGAAGAAUGCAACUGUGCUGUUCCUACAUUCCAACAAACUGGAGUCUUUGCCUGAGGAAAUGGGUGACAUGCAGAAACUCAAGGUUAUCAAUCUCAGCAACAACAAGUUAAGGAGUCUUCCCUACAGUUUCACUAAACUGAACCAAAUGACUGCAAUGUGGCUGUCUGAAAACCAGUCAAAGCCCUUGAUCCCUCUCCAGAAGGAGGAGGAUCCAGAGACACACAAAAUUAUGCUGACCAACUACAUGUUUCCCCAGCAAACCAGGACUGAGGACUACAUUCCCAACUCCGAUUCUGAGAGCUUUAAUCCAGCUCUCUGGGAGGAGCAGCGCAAGCAUCGAGCUCAGGUGGCCUUUGAGUGUGACGAGGACAAGGACGAGCGAGAAACACCCCCAAGGGAGGGAAACCUGAAGCGCUACCCUACACCAUACCCAGACGAGCUGAAGAACAUGGUGAAGACAGCCCAAUCUGUGGCUCACAGGCUGAAGGAGGACGAGUCAAGUGACGAGUCGGGGAAAGGUGCAAAACCAAAUGAGAGGAACCACAUUGGAGUGCAGGACGUGGGAGUUAAGGUGAUUGAGCCUCCCUAUCCUAAUGGUACAGCAUCAGACAUGGACUCCCAAGUAUCUACAGACACAUUUUCCCAUAACCCAUCUGCAACAGAAACAAAAGACACUUCAGACUCUUACAGCUCUCAGAAAGUCCCAAUCAAAUCAUCAGGGGGCUCUAUGAUGAACCAUGAAGACACCCUGGAGGAUUCCGAGGAGCUGUCUGAUGAAGAGGAGGAGAUGAAAAUGGCAGAGAUGAGACCCCCUCUUAUUGAGAUCUCCAUCAACCAGCCUAAAGUAGUGACUUUAAGUAAGGACAAAAAAGAUGAUGCAGACUCUUUGCUGGAUGACACAGUGGCCAACAGCAACCAGAACAACAGUAACUGUUCGUCGCCAUCACGCAUGUCUGACUCGGUGUCUCUGACUACAGACAGCAGUCAGGACAACUCUCUGUGCACCCCUGAGAGAGAGGCAAAGAUGCCCUUCUUACCAAAAAUCCGACGAGAGGAUGAGAAUAUGAACCAGCCUAAAGACACCACCCGUCUCCUCCAUAAUGGAAAUGGCUCCGAAACAUCCCUUCAGGCCCUUUUGAAAACCCAGCAGACUCCGCCAGAGAAAAUGGGUGACUACGACCUGUCUAUGGAAGCCAGACUGGCCUUCAUUGAGAAGGGAUUUAACAACGGCAUGGGUGAAACCUACACCAAGUGGGACCAGAUCAAUAUGAACGUGUCCAAGUUGCCAACCGACAACAUGGUUCAGCUGGAUGAGGGGAACCCAACCAAGAAUGGUUCAGUAACCCAGGAGGACUUGGACAGCAAGCAGGGUUUUAGCAAUGACAACAUGGAGCAUUUUCUGAAUGGAAACCAGCAGGUCAGUGACUGCAUCAAUAGUGUUGGGAACAAAACCCAAGCAAUGACAGUAGAGACAUCUGCUGUGCAUGUGGCCUCGACAGGCGUGACAGCCAGCAGUGACAUGUCUCUGUCUCGCAGCACAGAGGAACUGUCUCCAGACAAAAGGUGCCAUCCCCAGCAGGUGGUGAAGUCUCACAGUGUCAGCAACAUAGAAACAGGAGGCUUGAAGCUGUACUCUUUUGAUGGGGAUGAUGACCCCUAUGACGCAGCAGGAAUGAUGAGGAUGGCAGGAGCCGGGCCAGGAGCUCAGGGCCAGAGCAUAGUCCGGAGCAAGUCAGCCAGUCAGUUACUCAACGACCAGACUCUCCAGAUCUACCCCGGCUCCUCUGCAUCUUCCUCAGACCUGCUCUCCUCCUCUAAGCCCCCUGCCAGCACCAGCAGAUAUGCAGUCUCCUCCAGCAUGGCCAUGGGCAUCCCUCCUCCUCAGUACAACAUACAGUACACAAGCAGUGCCAUGCCUAAAGAGGGCCUCUGGUCCCAGAGGACACCCAUGCCCCCAGAGCACCAAGGUUACCUUCCUCCUCCUCCUCCACCACACUCACUUGCCAACACCAACUACUCCAACCGUAAUCAAGCACCUCCCUACCCUCUACAGCCCCAGCAGAGGGGGCCUCCCAUGGUUCCCAAAUCCCCUGGGGACAUGUGGACUAAGGAGAGACUUCAUUCUACUGGAGGCCAGGCUAGAAGCAGCACUCUGCAGAGGCAAAGCAGCACCGCCUCCACAGCCUCCAUGGGUGACCCGAGGCGUAUGCAGGUGCCUGACGGGGAAUACAUGACCUACAGGGACAUUCACACCCUCGGCAGGGGGCCGCUGGCAAUGAGCCAGGCCAUGCAGAGGCCCCUCUCAGCUCGCACUUACAGCAUCGACGUACCCGGAGCUUCCAGGCCUCUCGGCGCCAGGCCGCAGCCCCACGAGCUUCCAGAGAGGACCAUGUCGGUCAGCGAUUUCAACUACCAGCAAAGCAGCCCCAGCAAGAGGCACAACACCAGGGUGAAGUCUGAGCACUCGCUGGUGGAUGGGCCUGGACAGGUGUCAGGAGGAGUUGGAGCAGGAAGGGUGCCAGUUGACUGGAGAGACCAGGUGAUGCGGCACAUCGAGGCCAAGAAAAUGGAAAAGAAUGCGCUGUCUCGCUCCUAUAAUUCCAAUAACGCUCCGCUGAGCUGGUCUCACUACGGCAGCUGUAGGGAUAUGCAUGCCAGCCAAGGUUCUCUGGUCUUUAGUGCCAGGGACGGACAGCCCUACGGAGCACUGGGCUUCUGUGUGCCUUUGAUGAACGGUCAGAUGGGCCCUUCUGUUCGUGCUCAGGUGAGCCAGGCGCCCAUGGCCCGACACCCUUCCAGAGAGCAGCUCAUUGAUUACCUGAUGCUCAAAGUCUCCCAUCCGCCCCAGGGGCCCCCACGCAUCCCGCAAGACGCACUGCAGCAAGAGAUCCGUCUGAAAGUAGAAAAGAAUCCAGAGCUGGGUUUCAGUAUAUCAGGAGGAGUGGGAGGCCGGGGAAAUCCCUUUCGUCCAGAUGACAAUGGUAUAUUUGUGACAAGGGUUCAACCUGAGGGACCGGCAUCCAUGAUUCUUCAGCCGGGAGAUAAAAUCAUCCAGGCAAAUGGCUACAGCUUUGUGAAUAUAGAUCACGGGUACGCAGUGUCCCUCCUGAAGACGUUUCUGAACACUGUGGAUUUGACUAUCAUAAGAGAAGCGCAAGCAUAGACUCAACUAAGACCUCUAAAGAAAGAGGGACAUGAGAAAAGAGACAAACAGAGACUUUUUUUUUUUUUUAGUUGACUCUCAUAUUUUUAUACACAGAGGAGACUGACCUGUUGAUACCUGUUGGGACUAUUUAUAGUAGAGAUCUGCAUAGCCUUGAUUAAACAGGGAAAACCACUGAAUGUAGUGGGUCAAAGUGAGACUGUGGCAAACCUCUGCAAGUACGAGUCCUCAAAAGGCCAUCACUGUGGUAUAUAUAUUUUUAUACAAAAGAAGCUGAAGAUGUGACCUGCUCUGAUGCAAAUGAUUACUGUGGUCUCUGUACAGAUCAUCUUUUAUUUUUUAUUUUUUGUCCCAAACUCAUAAAUUCUUCAUUAUGAAUAGAUUUAGGUUUCAUUCCUGCGGAUUGACGUGAAUUGACCACUUGGGGACAGGGCUCCCUCUCUCCUGUCAUUCAAUUAGCCUGUUUUUAUUCUUUUGUCAACAUGUUAUUUUAGAUGUUGAAACCUUUUUCCGGUCUGCCGUGCGUUCAUAUAUGGAGGACAAUGUUACGUGCUUUUCAUGUGGAGACGAAUGUAGGUCAAGGAGGGGUUUGAUUUUUAGUUUUUUUUUUAUUUUGAGAACAGGAAGUCAUCCAGCCCUGCUUCCAUAAACCUGUGAGCACCCUCCAGCGUACAGACACUUCUGUUCUCAGUUCCAUCCUCACAGCGACUGCUCAGCAUAUCACCCAACCAGACCACUACUACCUGCGCUGUGUGGAAACAGUCCCCCGCAGUGUGAAUGAAUCACAGCUUCUCAGAUGUUGGAGGGGGGGAAAAAAAGUAGUCUGCGUGUGGUCAUUUUAAUAAGCCUGGAAAAUGGAAAGGAAAUUUAAAUAUUGGCGAAAUGGGAGAGGAGAGGUUAUUCGCUCUGAGGCGACGUGCGAGAGAGGAAUAUUGACGCACGAGCAAUAAGAGCGGUAGCUAUCGAUCUUCUCCGCUACUCCAAUCUUUUUUUUUUUUUUUUUUUUUUCCCGCGCUGUAUUUCCAAAAAUGUCAAAACUAUUCUUUUAAGCGGAGAAAGACAUGGCGGUUAUGCUAGUUAACCAAAGCAAGUUUGGAAAUUUGUAGACAGAAGGCAAAAGCAGCAGACAACUUAAGAAAGCUAUUUGGAAAAAGAACCGGUCAACGUUUCACUCAUAAGGUUUUUAUUUUUUUAAGGGCUUCAUCUUUCAGGCAGACAUUAGUGAGAUAAGUGUUAGUUUUGCAGGGGGUUUCAACAUCUGUCAGUUUAAUUUUUUUACAUGGGAGAAGACCACAGUUUGCCUUUUUUGUGUCUAAAAAUGUUUUAUUAUGCUUUUUACUUUUGGAUCACUUUGGAGUAGUUUUUUUUUUUUUCUUUGCUGUACAGAGAGUAGAGUUGGGAGAAACAAGUUGUCAAGUGCCAUAGACCUUGAACUGUUUGAAUAGGGGAGGAGCUUUGACCCCAGAACCCAAGCAAUAUUCACAUGUUCACAUCCUUCGGAGUACUUUUGCAGCAUAAUGGCUUAAAAGCAAUAUUUUAAAGCCUUCGUUUUCAUUCAAAAACAACAACAUUGGAUAGCAUUUUUUUUUUUUUUUAAACACAAUCUUUUAGUAAUCACCGAUGAUUUUACAUGAAUUUUAUAUUUUGAAGAAGAAUCUUUUUUUGUAAUGAAAUAGCACAGGAAAUGUAUAUACAGCAUUGCUUAAACAAAAGAUUUCUCUGCAUUGUGUACAAUUGAAUGUUUGUGUCACUUUGCCUAAGAAGAGCUUUUUACCGUUUGUUGCUUAGAUUACCAUAACUCCUGAUGUUUAUUUGUGCAAAAUCAACUUGCAUCACCGUCGAAAAUCCAGUCAAAGCUGCAUCUCAGAACAUUCCUUUGUCAAAGUGUCCGAAGGAAAGCUGUUUUUAAAGGCAACAUGUCACUCUGUGCACCGCUCUGUUAAUAUUCAUUCACUGGUAAAAACUCUUUAUUGAGACGUGUUUCCAAAAGAAAUGGAAAUGAUCAACAAAGUGAGUAAAGGCCCGGUAAAUUCCAACAAUACAUUUGUGACCACUGAAUUGUUUGUAAUCGAAUGUCAUCCUACAGUGUUUCAGCAAAUGGCAUUCCCUCAGCUUGUUUACAGUGGAUUGUGUCCUCUACUGUUCCCAUAUGUAGUUAAGAUUGACCCAUAUAUUAUGCUACCAAAAUAAAAACACUGUGGUAAAUUAACAAAAUGAAAUACCCCUUUUAAUAACAGUCACACUGUUUUAAGGUAGCUCUUCUUAGUGAAGCUGUACACUUCAUUUUUUAAACUCAAUCUAAAGUUGGUAAUUUUAUUCACAAGUAAAUGACAUUAAUAACGUGCAUUUCCCAAAUUUCUCACAGAACGUAGUGUUUUACACAUGAACUGUUUAUAUUAUUUCUAUUAAUUUUGUUGGUGAUUUCUGUUUACUUUUUAAGAGUG